CAAUCAAUUUCUUCCACAGUUUAAAUUCUCAUCAGUUCUAUGCUCUUUUGCUGACUUGGCUAAAUCCACAAAGACUCUCUAUUUUGUUUGCCGUGUUACGACUUCUUCAUCUUCUUCCAAGCUCUGCUUCUUUACCUUCCGUAUCAUAAACCACCAUCUGCAUAUCUUUCCUCAAAUCCAGGAUCUCUUUCUAUCAUCAUCAUCUUCUUCUGAUAAAAAUCUUGAUUUUUAUGUUCACGAGACAAAUUCAAAGUGGAGAAACGCCGGUGGUGUAGUCUCUUCUCGACAAUGAAGUGUUUCUUCUUCUCCGGAGGGGACAAGAAAGAGGAACACAAGACCCCUAAUGUCUCACAGACCUCUAACUUCUCUGACCGCGACAUUAACCGAAGCGGGUCAGAGUUUAACUCUCGAGACGUCUCUGGCACGAGCACGGAGUCAUCCAUGGGGAGGAGGAACUCGUACCCUCCUACAAUGUCUACUAGAGCAAGUAAUCUCAGAGAGUUCAGCAUCACUGAUCUCAAGGCUGCAACAAAGAACUUCAGCAGGUCUGUUAUGAUUGGAGAAGGAGGUUUUGGUUGUGUCUACAGAGGAACAGUUAGGAGUUUAGAAGAUCCGUCUAUCAAAAUCGAAGUUGCUGUUAAGCAGCUUGGUAAAAGAGGGUUACAGGGGCAUAAAGAAUGGGUUACUGAGGUUAACUUUCUUGGUGUGGUUGAGCAUACAAACUUGGUGAAGUUGCUUGGCUAUUGCGCAGAAGAUGAUGAGCGCGGGAUUCAACGGCUUUUGGUUUAUGAAUACAUGCCAAACCGAAGCGUUGAGUUCCACCUAUCUCCUAGAUCACUCACCAUCCUUACUUGGGACCUCAGGUUGAGAAUAGCUCAAGAUGCAGCUCGUGGUUUAACAUACCUUCACGAACAAAUGGAGUUUCAGAUAAUAUUCAGAGAUUUUAAGUCAUCGAACAUUCUUUUGGAUGAGAACUGGAAAGCAAAGCUCUCUGACUUUGGUUUGGCUCGUUUAGGUCCAUCUGAAGGACUAACUCAUGUUUCUACUGAUGUUGUAGGUACAAUGGGUUAUGCAGCUCCUGAGUAUAUUCAAACAGGUCGUCUUACAUCCAAAAGCGACGUUUGGGGUUAUGGAGUGUUUAUCUACGAGCUCAUCACAGGGAGGAAACCAGUUGAUAGGAACAAACCUAAGGGAGAGCAGAAGCUUCUAGAAUGGGUGAGACCUUAUCUAUCAGACACAAGGAAGUUCAAGCUCAUAUUAGACCCGAGGCUAGAAGGGAAGUACCCUCUCAAAUCAGUUCAGAAGCUAGCGGUUGUGGCCAACAGGUGUUUAGUUAGAAACCCAAAGGCACGUCCCAAGAUGAGUGAAGUGUUGGAGAUGGUGAACAAGAUUGUUGAAGCGCCUUCAUGUAGCGGUACUAGCCCGCAGCUAGUUCCGCUGCAGAGUCUGGAGACUUCCAGAGACGCUGGAGGAGGGAAAAAGAAGAGGGGUUUAGAGAAUGGUGGUGGUGAAGGAGGUUGGUUUGGUAAGUUAUGGAACCCAAAGACAAUAAGAGCUUGUUGAUUGUUUACUUUAACAAAAAAAAAAGAGAUUGAAGAGCUUCAAGAUUUGGAUGAGAGCAAUGUCAAAAUCAAAGCUCAUAUACAUAUUGUGAUAUAUGCUUAAUGUUAGUUUGAUGUUUGUUAUUUAUGUUUGUAACCACAACUGAAUUACCAAAAUAUGUAUAUAAGCUUAUCAUGAGUUUUGUUACAAA